AUGUUUAGUGCACUUAUAUUGACGAAUUCAUCAACUGAAAGUAGUACGAAGGAGGGGUUACAAUGUGGAUUUUGUGAACCGCUUGGUCACUUCUGGGAGAAGAUUGAGUUUAAAGUCGAAAAUCAGAUUUCACUGAAAUGUUAUGUUCGACAAAACUUUUUAUUGCAAAUAUUUACACUGCCUCCAAGACGUGGUGUAAUAAUCAAAAGCUUAAUAUUUAAUGGAAAUACUUUAGAUUCUACACUUAGAAGCACAUUACCUUUUCAUAGCCAGCCUAGUAGUAGGCACGACCCGUUUUUGACACUAUUAGAAAUGAAACAGACACUUCUUUUUGUGAAUGGCAAAUUAUCAACUCCCUAUUUCAAUGUUUUAUUCAUUGACUACGUCCAUCUGCACGUCUAUCAAAGUGUCACACUGAUAGAAUUAUUGUGCAUGAAUUAG